AUGAGCCUCAAAGAAAGAUCAUUACAUCGGCCUCUCUAUCUGAAAGACGUCUGCAUACCGGGACGAAACACCAUCCAGAUCACUGUGUCUGCUUGUUGUUGUUCUCACUUGUUCGUAUUACAACUGGUCCAUCGUCCGAGCAUGAAGUCUGUCUUGCAAGGUCUGCUUAGGAAGAGAAUGUUGCCUGCUGAUCACUGCAUCACAAAAAAAGAACAGAGCAGCACAAAUUCAUCGUUGUCACCUCCUCUCCCAACGUCAUCAUCGUCAUCAUCAUCGCUGACUCCGGAGCACAUAAAACUCCACCUUCGCUGUCCAAUCACAUCGCAACAAAUUGUGUUGCCUGCCCGAGGUCACGAUUGCAAACAUAUUCAGUGUUUUGACUUGGAGUCGUACUUGCAGUUCAACUGUGAGAGGAGUUUGUGGAGAUGUCCUGUGUGCAACAAACCAGCUCUGCUGGAAGGCUUGGAGGUGGACCAGUACAUGUGGAGCAUCAUAAACAACCUGCAGGGAUGCAACUACGAUGAAGUUCUCAUCGACCACACUGCCAGCUGGAGGCCUGUCAUGUUGCUUCCUCCUGCUGCUGCUGCUGUUGGUGCUGCUGCAAAGAUAGAAGAAGACAAGCAGUGGACAAAAACGGUGUCUCCCUCAAGUAUGAUCAUGUCGUCCUGGCAACCGCAAGCAGGAAAUAACUACCCCACCUCUCAAGCUGACAGUCACGAAACUCUGAAGACUCCCGACAUCAAAGAUGAAUUCAACACUGAAAUUGGAUUCCACACCUCCUCUCUUAUAGAAGGCUCAUGCGUCCCUGAUGACGGCGACGAUAAUGAUUUAGACCUGCUGCCAGUUGCCCUCACCGACCCAACUGAACUGCUGUCCUACCUCGGCCCCAACCUCGCCGAAGAUGGUCACAGUGGCAGCAACAGCAGCGCUGAUAAUAAUAACAACAUCACUGCUAGCAACGCCAGCAGCGACAUCAAUAGCUUUGUUGAUUUCAUCGAUGGAAACGUCAACAACAACAACAGCAGUGAUAACAACAACAGUAACUGUUUUAAUGACGACUUGCUGAUGUUGUUCUCGUAGCUGAAAUUAUUUUAUCUAAUGCUUUAACUUAUAAUUAUGAUUAUUGUUGUUCAGAACUGCAAAUUACUACGUAUUAAUAUUACAAUUGCUCUUUACAUUAUUUAUUUAUUUGAUUUGAAACUUUUGAAUGUUCUAAUCUGAGCGAUACACGCAUGUAGGACCUCAAUUGUACAUUCCUAUUAACAGACGCACCGAAUAUUAGCCCAAAAUUUACAAUUUGGCUUUGGCCACUUACGUUCAGGUCAACAAUUUUUUUGGAAUUCCAGAAAAAUAACUUAUUAGCGGGAAAAUUAUUUUGGCCAUCAAAGCGUUAAAACAUCUAAUUUUGAACAAGAAAUUGACUAUUGUCUUGUUAAAAGAGUUAGACAAAAAUGAAUAAUUUUCUCAAUAAAAAAAAUAGAUUUUUUACUCAAAAGUUUGGGUAUUUUAGUGUUUAAACAGUGUAUCAACUAUUUGGUCGAAGGCCACAUUCGCUAUUCGGUGUGUCUCUAAUGUAUAUAUGUAAGUUGCACACAUGUUGUAUGUACCACUGGACAGCAUUCCAUGUAGGAUUAGUAGUUGGUUGGUUGCCACCAUAUAUCAAUCUAUACGUCAUUCGUUUGUUGACACGUUCCUAAAUAUUUUUAUUUCUUUCAUUUAUUUAGAAAUCAACGUUCAAAAGUUCGACUGGAGGAUCAUCGUUUAAUAACUUUUGUUUAUUCAUCAAGUAUUACUACGGCAAGCGGUUCGUAAGUUUUUGUGAGCCUACGUGCGUGCGUACGUACGUCUUGCACGUUUCUGCGUUUUUUUUACGGUUAAUAGAGAUGUUAAUAGAUGUUCAUAUUUACCAUUGUAAUAAAUAUUUUGAUUAUUGUAAAUAACCUCUUGAUUGUUAUAUAUAAAUUAUUUAUUUAUUCAUUCAUUUAUUUGUGUUAUAACGUAUUUCAACGAGGGAAUUUAUUUUGAAGACUUCAUAAGAACUGAUGCCAAUGAAAUAGAAUCAAGUUAUUUUGUA